ACUCAACUUUACAAAAACAACUUUUCUUUCAAGAUAAUUUCAAAUUUCCUUCCUUGUAAAAUAAAAAUCAUCUAAUAUAAGACUCUCAAUACAUCAAAUUGUAAGGCUAUGCGUGUCUUCUGUACUACUUCUCAAGCUCAGUCAACUUAAAUCUUCUCAAGAUCAGCAGUCAACUUAAAUUAUGAAUUUUCUUUGCUUACAAACAGAAACAGUGUUUCUUACACCACUAAUGCAUCUUAAUUGGCUACUUAGUAGUUAGUACUACUACUUAGCAACUAUUUAUAGAGAGAGAAUGUGAAAAUGAUUUAGAGAGAGAGAGAGAGAAGUGACCAGAAAGUGGUCCCUCUGACCGACUCCAAGAGCAGCCGCGUUAGAUAAGUAGAGAAAGAAACAUAACAAGUUAAGAAACCAACAUUUCUUUUAUAUUAUUCUCUUCUCUCUUGUAGUAAAACCCUACUUCAAUUUCUUAUGAGAUUGAGAUAUUCAACUCUCAAGUUAAUGAGAAAAUCUAUCUAUAGCUAGAUAUUAUAUUUUCUUAGCACAAGCACAAGCAUCAUCAAGUUGCUAGCUAAUUAAGUGCUUUUUUUCUAGUAGCACACAGCUUUUUUUGUUUUUCUCUUUUGUUUUGGAAGUACUUUCCAACUUCAAACUACUUUUAGUUUUGGAAUUUGCUAUAGUUCUAUCUAGUUUAGGACACACAAUUUUUCUCCAAUUCUAAAAUGAUGUCCAAACAACCCUUUUCAGUUUCACCUCAUUCCAACACCAUGAGAGCUUCUUCAUCAAACCAUCUUCAAAACCUAAACCAAAACCAAAACCCUAAUCCAAAUCCAUCUAAGAAAAAAAGAAACCUACCUGGAACACCAGAUCCAGAUUCAGAAGUGAUAGCCAUGUCGCCGAAAUCCUUGAUGGCGACGAACCGUUUCUUGUGUGAAAUCUGCAACAAGGGAUUCCAAAGAGACCAGAAUUUGCAGCUUCAUCGGCGCGGACAUAAUUUGCCAUGGAAGCUGAAGCAAAGAGCUAACAAGGAUCAAAUUCGGAAGAAGGUUUAUGUGUGUCCUGAGAAGAGCUGUGUGCACCAUGAACCUUCUAGAGCUUUGGGAGAUUUGACAGGAAUAAAGAAACAUUAUAGUAGAAAACAUGGUGAGAAGAAGUGGAAGUGUGAAAAGUGUAACAAGAAAUAUGCAGUUCAAUCUGAUUGGAAAGCUCAUAGCAAAAUUUGUGGAACUAGAGAAUACAAAUGUGAUUGCGGCACAAUUUUCUCCAGGAGGGACAGCUUCAUAACACAUAGAGCUUUUUGUGAAGUCUUGACUGAACAAAGUGCAAAGAUAUCAAUACCAACAGUUCCAAGAAUUUUUCAUAAUGAUCAUUUCACAAGUAUUACUCAAACUCCAAGGAUCCCUCAAAUUUUUCCUGGCUUUCAGUUUCACUCAGAGUUUGUUGGUUCAGGAACAUCGUCAUCAUUAUGGCCAGCACUAGAGCAAUCAAAUUUUCAGCAACUUCAUCCUAGUUCAUCAGAUGUUAUGCAAACAAUGGACGUGUUUGGAUCACAGGCACAGACGCAGACGCAGACACAGACACAGAUGCAGUGGUUGAAUUAUAAUAGUAAUAAUAAUAAUAAUCUAUCUUCGCCGAUGAUGCUACACGGAGUAAUGAAGCAAGAGGAAGAAGAAAACAAAGAUUUGUCUCAUAGUGUAAUAAGCUCAUUGUACUUGAGUAGUAACCAGAAUCAAGAAAGAGGAUCAAAUCACAUGUCAGCAGCAGCAACGACAACGUCACUGUUGGAGACAGAAUCUCAAAUGGGAUCUACAAGGACAGGUAUUACUAAUGACAACAACAGCAACAACAACGACACACUCUUCAACAAUGUGAACCACUUUAGCAUUGUUGACAAAUUCUACAAACAAGGUCAUCAUCAUCAUCAUCAUCAUGAAAGUGAAGACUUGAAUGAGUUGGUGAAUUUGGAAGGAAGUAGCAGAAGCAAUUUUGGAGGUGAGUAUGCAUUAAAUGACUCAUUUGGGACUGUGAAUGGUACCAAGAGUUUGGACCAUGUGAUGAUGUUGGUGGAUAGAGAGACAAGAACAACAACAAAUGGAUAUUUACAUGAUUCAAGUUUGAGGCCAAAUGACAAAAACCAAAUGGGUUUUACAAGAGAUUUUCUCGGGGUUGGAGAUGAUGAUGAGUCAAUGAGUAGAUCAAGUUUUUUGCAGCAAGAGCUUGAUGAGUUUCAUGGAAUGGGAUCGUUAGGGAAUAAUCUGCAGAGCCAGUUUCGUGGUGGUGGAGACUAUUGCUAGAGUUUGAAAUUUGAAUGAAAGGGUUUAGCUCAAAGAGCUAAGAAAGUGUUGAGUUGUAAGAAGUUUAAUUGAGUAAAUAUCUUAAUCUUAAGUGGUUUGUACUCUUAUUAAUUAAGGGAAACACGUGAACUUAAUGAGAUAUUAAGGGUGCUAAUUGCGGUUUU